UUCGGUGUUAGAAUUGAUAAAUGGCAACUAUUUUGGUUUACAAAAUUUUUAAAAUUUUGACAUUAUUCUUUUUUGUAUUUUUUUUUUAAAUUAUUUAUGCCAAUCUUUAAAUUUCUUUUAUUUUGUUUGACUAGACUUUGUAUUAAACUUCGCCUCUGAUUAUGAAGUGGCAAUUUGUUUACUAUAUCUAUUUAUUUUAAAUUUCUUUUGCAGACCAUAUCAGGACAAGUUAUCAGCAAAGCAUUCAAUAAUGGAAUCGUUGGUGCUGGUAUAACUGCUGCAGAAUCAGCUGCUCUAGCUAAUGGAAUGGGUUAUGGUGCAGCUAACCCUUUAGCAAGUAAUGCUUUAGCUUAUGAAGCUGCAAUGGCCGCAAAUGGCGUUCCAUAUGGACCUGCUAUAGCCCCCAGUAGCAUUAAUAGUGGUGGUGGGUUCAGGGUAACCAGUUCAUCACCAAUCGCAGCGAGAGGCGUGACAGUGCAUUCUGAAAAUUUGGUUGUUGAGGGUCCAUUGGCAGUGUCUGGUCAGUUGCCAUUCUUGGGUGUAGUAGCUCUAGAAGGUCCACUGCCAGCUGUCGGACAAGGUGCGGUUGCGUACGGUUGCGGUAAUGGCAAUAUAGCAAUUACAAACGAAGGUGUUGAACCAGCGGUUGUGCCAGGUUACGCCAAUGGUUACCCAGCUGGUAUGGGACCAGCUGCCCUCAAUUACAACGGUCUCCCUGGCACAUUAGGCUAUGGACCUAUUUAUUAAAUUUUAUUUUAAUUUUGUUAUGUUAAUUAAUAAAUUGUUUAUUUAUGUUA